AUUUUUAUUAUUUAUUAUUUAUUAUUAUUAUUAUUAUUUUAAAAAUGAUUUAAAUAAAUAAAAUGGAUUUAAAGAAUUAAAAAUUAAUUUCCAAAUAAAAUCAUUUCUCUAUUUUCACACCGAAUGGAGCGGACACUUUGCGCCACCAUCGAUGGCCGCCAGAGGCACGACAAAGAGAGCAUCGGCCGUCGCUGCUCCGCCUUCCUGCUCUUGCUUCGCCCGUUUCGUCUUCCUUGCUUCCUUCCUCCUACUCGUCGCUCUUGUCUAUUCCGCCGCGAGUCCCUCCAUCAUUCCCCGCUACGAUGACCGCCUCAAGGACCCUCCGGCGAGGCGCGGGGACCGCCUCACCUGCAACUACUCGGACGGAUCUUGGAUCCCGGAACCGGAGACCGUCCCCUCCCGCUACGACCACACCUGCAAGGAGAUCUUCAAGGGCUGGAACUGCAUCGGGAACAGGAAGAUCAACGGCCGAGAUCUACUGCGAUGGCGGUGGCAGCCCUCCCGCUGUCAUCUCCCCCGUCUCGAUCCUCUACGUUUCCUCCAUCGCUUCAGGGACUCCAACAUAGGGUUUGUGGGCGAUUCGUUGAACAGAAACAUGUUCGCGUCGCUUGUCUGCAUGCUGAGAUCGGCGAGCGGCGAGGUGAGGAAAUGGCGUCCAGCUGGGGCUGAUCGGGGCUUCACUUUUCUGAACUAUAACCUGACAAUUGCGUACCAUCGGACUAAUCUUUUGGUGCAGUAUGGUAGGUGGUCAGCAAGUGAUCUUGGAGGACCCUUGGAGUUGCGUGGAUACAAACAAGGUUACAGGGUGGAUGUUGAUGUUCCAGAACGAUCCUGGGCAGAGGCACCUGGCUUCCAUCAUAUUCUAAUAUUUAAUACAGGUCACUGGUGGUGGGCCCCAUCAAAGUUUGAUCCAGUUCAAUCACCAAUGCUCUUUUUUGAAAAUGGAUUGCCACUUUUACCUCCAGUGACUCCAGAAAUUGGCUUCAGUUUGGCUCUGAGACAUAUGAUAUUGUAUGUGGAGAGACGAACAACUAUGGAUACAAUGAAAUUCUUCCGGACACAAUCUCCAAGGCAUUUCGAAGGAGGUGAUUGGAACCUAGGUGGUUCAUGUCGACGAACUCAACCUUUGUUGCCACACGAGGUGGAAGAGUUGUUUUCGACAAAGAAUGCAACAAAUGCAGAGGCGCGUGUGAUAAACAGGCACCUUUAUGAGGUCCUCCAUGGAACAAGCUUCCACAUAUUGGACAUUACUCGCAUGAGCGAGCUCAGAGCCGAUGCUCAUCCUUCGACUACCGGAGGGAAAAUGCACGAAGAUUGUAUGCAUUGGUGCUUACCGGGUUUAACAGACACUUGGAAUGAUGCAUUCGUUGCUACUCUGGAAGAUCAUUUGGGAAACUAAUUUUGUUUGUCCAUUAAAAGGUCGCAUGUUUGUUUACUUGUUAUUUGAGCACUAGCAAUAUUUUGUUCAGGUAUGAGAAACGACAAUUCCUAAUUGAGUUUGAUAGCUUGCGGCGUUCAACUAUAUGUCUAUAUGCCGAACUCUUUUACUUUAAUACAAUAUUAUUAGCGUUGAUAAAGUUGAUAUGUUGCUAUAACAUAAUGUUGAUGAAAUAUUCAAUUUUUUUUAUGAAUAAAAAAAUAUUAAAAUUGGAAGCUAAAUCUAGGGAAAAAAAUUUGCCAUGUUGCAGGGAAGAAAAUGAUGGCUAUAUGCCUUUCGAGAAAACGACGCACAGCCACCCGCGUCACUCACGCGCGGACCACACGACAUCCGGGUACGAAAUUGGGUCGUCUUCCGCGGGGCCGGGAGGGUUCCGCGGGACCGAUCCUCUCGCCGACCGUUGCAAUCUCGGCUGCCCGAACGGUCAGUGCAGAUGUGUCGGCAGCCACACGAUGCCGACGCGUGCCCUCCGGCGGAUACGCCAUUGGAUCCGUUAGAUUACGUAAACAGAGAGCGAAGCUGUUCGUGAGGCGACGUCGAGGACAUGGCGUGGCCCUCCCUGCUCAUUACUUUUGUCACAUGAUUGGUUUGUCUAGAUGUCGAAGUUCUCUACUGAGAUGAUUGCACUUAGUCAUCCAGCACAAAAGGGCCAAGGCAACAAAAGAGAAGGCAGUUAUUAUUAUGAUUAUUAUUCUUCACAAGGCUAAAAUUGGCUUUAGAAAUUAUACUGGGAACCCUUUUCACCGUGGAAGAAGAAGCUACACUUCGAAUCACGUCAACGUCUCUCCCAGCUCACGUCCUCAUUGAUGGUGGCAUUGCUCCCAGAAGAAAGAGUGUAGCCCAAGUGUCGAUAAAAGGCACAUCGACCUGCGAAAAGAAACCAUCUCCUUUCUUCUGCUACACAAAUAGGAAUUUCCUGCGCGGUGUGCAAAGGAAAAGAAUAGAAAAGGAAAGAAAGAAGAAGGCAACGGCCGCUUUUAAGCGCCUUUAUUCCGUGAAAGGCGAGAUCUUUAAGAGAAGUAACGGAUAGAUAGCAUAGCGGCACAUCUGCAACAGAGGAGGAAGAGGAAGAGGAAG